AUGUGCGGCUGUCUGCUUCCUAUUGAAAAGAAAACCGGCGUGGACUUCAGCAGGAAAUCGAAGGCUGGGAUUUUAAGGGCUAAGGGUUAUGAUUGGCUCGACUUUGGGCGAUUUCUAGCGUUUCUGAGGGCCACCGCUGGAUCUUCGAAACCCUUUUGGAAGAAUAUGCCUGCAAAAAAGGGCCUCGGAAAAAUUGUCCAUGGCAUUCGGGGAACCCAAACCGAAGGGAGGCCAGUCGAACCCGGUGGCCAGAAAACAAAUGGCGUCCACCAUGUAUCUAUUGAACACGGCCUGCAAGUCGACAACCUGAUUGUUCAGUGCCGCAUGAUCGAGGAUCGUGGUCGCCGAUGA